AUGUAUUCUCUACUUCCCUCUAUUGCAUUUGCAAAGCUUCCCGAAUUGCCGAUUGAAGUUUGGUGUAUUACCAUGAGACUACUGGAUUCCAAAUCUUUGUUAUCCAUUGUAAGAAGCUCAUCAUUCUUCAGUAACAUUGCUCGGGGCGACCCAGUUUUAAGGCAAAAAGUAAGAAGUGCUAUUAAAGAAGAAAAAGAAGACCUUCUAAUUCGUCUGACUAGACCAGGAGUGGGUGUGAGAACGCAAAGAUUGGAACAAACCCAACUCUAUUCAUCUAAUUUCCAGAAGAAAAUAGCCAUCACCAAGUGCCCACAAAUGUUCAGAGUCAACCAGAAGGCUAACAUCAGGACAAAGACGAAGAAAGCUGGAUUGAAAGCGAAAACUGAAAUCAUCAAAUCAUCAAGAUUUAAUCCCUAUAGAUUGUAA